AUGCAGUGUGUCCGGCCGCUGUGGGGUCUGACUGCCGCGGCGGUCUGUGCGCUGCUGCUCCUGCUGCUGCUGCACAACCACAUGCUCAGAGAAGGUCAGCUGUCGGCGGGUUCUUGUGAGGUGGUGACUCUGGACCGGGACAGCAGUCAGCCGAGGACCACAAUCGCCCGGCAGACUGCCCGCUGUGCCUGCAGGAGGGGGCAGAUCGCCGGGACCACCAGAGCCCAGCCCGCCUGUGUGGACGUGCGGAUCGUGCGGACUCGGCAGUGGUGUGACAUGUCUCCCUGUCUGGACCAUGAGGACUGUGGUCUCCUGUUCAACAACUCAGGCUGGACCUGUACUCAGCCUGGAGGACGGGUCAAGACCACCACGGUCUCCUGACAGCUACAAGCAUGGAUUCAAAUCUCUACUGGAAUACUGAAUACUGGAUUAAGCGUCAAAAAACUGUGAUGAUGGACAAUGAGGCACCGGCUCUAACGCCUCCUGUGG